AUGCUUUUGGGCCAUAAACGAUUCCAAUCUUAUGUCGCUAAUGCGUUUAAAGAAGGAGAUCUUGCAAUUGUUCGUCGACUCAAAAACCCAGCGCAAGCAUACUUAACAAAGCCAUUGAAAAAAGGUGUUGUUGUUCAAACUCAUAACGGAGAAUUCUCUCAUGAUGAUAUAAUUGGUAAACCAAAGAGAGUUUAUCUUCGUUACAGAAUGAAGGAAAAUAAGAAGGUUAAUAUAGGAGACGAUAAGUUCAUUGUUACUGAACCAACGUUGGAUGAAUAUACAUCCUUGGUUAAAAGAUUGGCGCAACCCAUAUACUCAUUCGAUGCUAGUAUAUUGGUCCAAUUGGCAGACAUUGAUGUUGACUUCCCGAAAAUCAUAAGUGAAACUAGUGAAAUGAAGCUCGAAAAUCACCCAAAGCACUUUUUGGAAGCCGGUACUGGGAACGGUUCGUUGACUUUGUCGAUAUGUAAUGCUAUACAUGCGGCUAAUGGCUUGGCCAAACAUUACAAUGAUAAGUCGCUCAGGGGUGCAAUAUUACAUUCAGUGGAUAGAAAUAGGAUGCAUUCGUCUGUUGGAAAGGCAAAUGUCAGUAAUUACAAGAAUGGAAGAUAUGUAGAUGAUGUCGAAUUUUAUAUUUCCGAAAAUCCAUCGGCGUGGUUAAAGGAACAUAUGCAACAGAAUGAAAACUCAGAUCCAUAUUUGAGUGGUGUUUUUCUUGACUUACCGAAUCCUGAAGCUUAUUUGCAUGAUAUUGCCAGGCAUAUGAAACUUGAAGCUACUUUAAUUGUAUUUUGCCCCUCAGUGACCCAGAUCUUGCAGUGCAAAAAGCUAAUCGAAGAUUCAAGACGUGUUUCUGCAGAUGUAUAUCAGAAAAAUGACAAACUAAUCGAUUUAACUUUAACGAAGACUAUUGAACUCCCUCCAGGAAAUGGUGGAGGAACGAGAGAAUGGGACGUUAAAACCGUUUUUACCAGAGAUUCGGAGGAAAAUGUUUCCAUAUGUAGACCUAAGGUUGGUUUGAAAGUUGUUGGAGGUGGGUUUGUAGGCGUAUUUAAGAAAUCAUCUGUGAAUGGUGAAGACUUCAACUUAUGA